AUGUGGUGGCAUGUCUUAUCAGUUCUGGACAAGAAACACGUGGAUAACAUGGCGCUGUCCACAAAAUCUACACAUCUUGUUUACUUACUCUGUUUCUAUCAAGUGUCGUUGUCGGAGAAACUUGGAGGUAGUCUUCCUAACUUUGAAUUCGAUUUCGAUGCACUUCCGGGAACUCAGCAUGAAUUCAAGGUCGACGUAAAGGCGGGAACAGAGGAAUGUUUUGUACAGAAAGUGGCAGAGGGAGCCAAUUUAUACGUACAGUUCGAGGUUUUGCGGGGAGGAGAUAGGUCAAUUAACGUAGCACUGAUCGAUCCUCAUUAUCAAAUUAUCCAACAUCUUCCCUACCAAACAGACGGAAAGAUAGACCAUGUAGCGGUGAUGUAUGGUGCGUAUCAACUUUGUUUUGACAAUACCGCCAGUAGAUUCGCUGGAAAGCUGGUAUACAUCUACAUCGUGACGUACGUCACAGAGGAAUGGACCAAAUACUUAGAGGAGAUUCAAAGUGUCAGCGCCUCUGUCAACAAUUUCACUGGUGCACUUGCUGGAGUCCAAACAUCCAUAGAACAAAUGAAACUCCAUCAAACAGAGAGUCGAAUGCACGUCAUAAAGGAUUGGUAUCUUGUGACCGGAAAUAACAAAUACGUCAUGUAUUGGUCCAUUUUCCAAAUGUGUGUUGUUCUUUUUACGGGAGUAUUCCAAGUAUUUUGUCUUAGGAGGUUAUUCAGAGUGCAAACUGUGACUCCAACGUCAAAACCAAGAGCCUAAAGUGACAUUUUAUCGACACUACUAGUAUUUGUUUGUGAGGACCCGUUUGUGAAGCCGAUUAAAUUUUAUUAUACAUCUCAUCCUUUCGUCUUUAAAAAAAAUGUGUCACAGUCAAAAUGUGAAAUUUUUGCCACAUUUUAUAUAUUUUUUGCAUACAUGUAGUUGUAUCGAAAUGCAAUCUAUCAAUUGUUCAUGUUAACCAAAAUUGAGAUUUAUAUUUACCAGGUAUUGUGGGUAUUUAUUCCGAAUGAAAUUCGCUCAAAAUUGACAUUUUGUGUCGAUAUAGAGAUCGAGACAUUCACUGUUAAUGACGUUUUAAGUAUUUGUAGGAUGGUUUGUUUCAUUUCAUUAUUGGUUUAGUAAUUUCAUCUUAGUAAGUAAGUUCUCAUUUAUAUUUAUAUGGCUUUUAUAUAUCAUCAAGUUAUG